UUUGAAGUAGCUCCUAGACGAUACCGGAACUUUAGACUUUUUCCGUUUUUACCAGAGACAGCGCGGGGAAAUUAAUUUGACAACACGGAAAUAUUCCUCACUUGUUUUCCAUUUAAAAAGCUAGCUACGUAUUUACUGAAAACUGAUGGAUCGGUACGUGCUAGUCAUUUCUUUUAACCAAGAAGUGGAUAAAUGCACAAAGGCUUUGGAGUAUAUCAAACAGAUCUAUUGUGAACUGGAGAACAUCACCAGUUGUAACGUUAAUUCAACAAGAAAGAUUUCUCUUUUUCCAGCCUGCUCUCUCAGUGGAGGUCCGGCCUCACAGAGGUGGUAUUUUGCUGUCCAGGCAUGCCAUGGAACAUAUCAGUUCUGCAGUGCAGAAUGGGAGGAGGUAGGCGACUGCCAGGAGAAUGACAGUGAGGAGGAAAGCCUCAACUCCAUUGAGGCUUUUCUCAGUGCGCUGGAUGACCAGGAGGAGAGGGCCGACCCACAACAACACACAGAAUUGUAUGAGGAGGCUGCAGAAGGGCUACACCUGUUAUCAGAUAAGCUUCCACCUCCAGGAAAAGCUCUGCUGGAUGUGAUAUUUCUGGGCGGGGCUGAGGAGGCUCCUAACAUGAAGGAGUUCUUGCCUGUGAUUGGCUCGUUGAAGCACAUGCAAGCGUGGCACUCUGCCAAGGUGACCAUGGUGACCGACCAUCACACAGGGUGGAAGAAGCCAGCCUCCUACCUCUCAGCCCGGGUAAUAGAUCCCAGCGUCCUUGAAACCUGUAUUGAUGAGCGGGAGUUAUGGAGAGGAGGGAUUCUUAUCAGGGAGAAAAAGUUUGCUUCUGAGGUGAGGUUUGAAGGCUUCUCUCUCAGAGCCCCGGAGAGAGAGGCCCGUGGCAGCCUGACACCUUUGGAUGCUGGCGGCUCCCGGUCCAACUCGGAUCACAUGCUACAUUCAGAGGUGUUCCAUUACUAUCAGCCAGUUCUGGACCUGGUUCAGUUGGUGACCGUGUCGGAUCUACCCAGCUUCCUCCGCUCCAGCACAGAAUUCUGUCUAGGACUGUCCUUCAAAUCAAUGAAAGCAAAACUUCUCCUCGAUCAAUUCAAACCACUGUCUGGCAAGGUGGGGGCGCUGUUCUCUCUGUCCUGCACGGUCAGCGGUAUGGCUCUGCCCCCGGCCUCUCAGCUUGGCUCCCAGAAGUGGAAGGACUUUGUGGCCCAGAGGCCCAAGGGCCUGCCAGUCCCAGAUGUGGAAGUGAAGGGAGAGAGUGGCCACUACUUCCUGCUGGUCCAGGGGUCAGGGGGCGAAGACUGCAAGGCCCGCAUGAUACACUCAGCCAGUCAGAUCAACGGAGCCGCUGCCAUGGCAACCGUCAAUGGACUACUGAAAGAGAAAGCUCUGUCUUCCUCAGGUUCCGACGCCACAGACUGGCUGCGCUCCCUGCCCUGUCUCCAUGGAGACCAACUGCUGCAGAGGGAGAGGAAGAUGACGAAGGUGCAGACCCUGGUCCUGAAGGAAUGCCUCAGACGCCAAGUGGAGGCGGAGAAGCCGGCCUCCAUUCCGGUCAACGACCUGAAGGUUCUGCUCAGCCUAGCCAGAGAACAGUACCUGAGGAUGCACGACUCCGACCUGCCUACCACCUCCACUCUGCCCCACCACGCCACCGUGGCUCCCGGCAGAGGUGGCGCGGAGAAGGAGAACGCCGCGGUGAAGCAGAACGCCACGGUGAAGCCCACAGAGUUCAGGAAAGACUCGCAGCAUUCCGGAUGGCCCGAAAGAAGUGCUCUGCAGAACUACGAGAACCUUCGGAGGUCUCGUCAGAGGAUGAGGUUUGGGCUGCUGUCCGGCAGCUCGUCUGACUGUCUGCUGGGGCCUAAAGACAUUCAGGGCCAGAGAACCACGCCUGCCCUGCUGGACGCCAAGGAGUUCCUCAGGCACUUCACCCCCGACGGCCAUCCGAGCGGAGACCUGCAGCCGCUGCUCGUACAGAGAUUAGGGUACCGGGGUAACGCAUUCCAGAUGUCUCCGGACCUGACCCCUCGGAAAGUCACGAAGCUCCCGUUCAACCAGGCCGCCAGCUCACACUACCAUGGCUUAGAGUUCUGUCUGGAUGAGCAGGGCCACAAGGCUUUGGACCGGGACCGGUCCUUUGUUAAACUACAGUCUCGUGUGAUUCGCUACGAGACGCAGACCACCUGUUCCAAGGACCCCUGUCCCAUCCCCUUUGCCUUAAGCCCCGCUCCUUCGCCAGCCGUCCUGUCAGAACCCGGUAGUGUCCCGGACGGAGAGGCCCUUCUCAACUCUGACCUUCCCAGGAUUAAGAGACGCUCAUGGGAUACUGAAGCUAUCCACCCCCAUAAGAGGUUGGCCAAGUCGGUGAGCAGUGAGUCCCUGGGCUCCGCGUCCAGCGGCAUCCAUCCUGCUGUGCGGGCCUUGAGACGGCAGCCCUCCAGGACUCAGUCCGCCUCCUCCGUCACGGCACCGAGACCACCCCCGCCUGAGCACCACCAGCCCCCCCCACGGGGGGACAGACCCACCCCGGGGCAGGGAAAGGAAGAGGACAAGGCCAACAAGGAGUCUCGUUCCCAGAAACAUGCCCGGAUGUUGAAGGAUGUUGUGGCGAGGACGCUGAAACACCAAGGCAUUACCAGCCAACACGAGUGCUUUGCCGCCUGCAGUCAAAGACUAUUUGAAAUCUCUAAAUUUUAUCUGAAGGAUCUGAAAACAUCCAGGGGACUUCAUGAGGAAAUGAAGAAAGCAGCAAGCAGCAAUGUGAAGCAGGUGAUCGACUGGGUCACAGAGAAGGCUGCUAAGAAGUGAAGAGAGGAGUUGAAGAAUGACUGCUGUUUUUUUCAGUCAGCUUUUUUUUAUUCACAGCAAACAAUAGGAAUCACACUCUAGCGUUUUGUCACCAUCAAAACUUUAGUAGAAUCUGGCAGGAUGUGGAAGUGUGAUUAGCAUUAAGAAAACUCCCUUUGUUUGAGUUUCUUUGAACAACAUCAGUGACUGUCAGUUCUAGAGCAACUAUUGUAUUUAGAAAUGUUUUAAUUAGUUUUAUUUUUUUUUAAAGGGAAUUUUAUGGGGAUUAUGACUUCUCUUAAUUUGUCUGUAUUAAAGCAUUGUUGGUAGUUGUAUUUAUUUGUGAUACAGAAUGUACAUUAAUUUCAUAGAACAUAAUAAAAACAUUGUCUAUCAUCAUGUUUAUCCAA